CCCGCCUCCUCCAAGCCUCCUCGCAGCCAGCCUCCAAGGCAGCCGCAGCGCUCUCAGGCUCCGAGCAGCCAGCGGACGGCGCCGGGCUCCCCUUUCCGCCAGAGUGGAAAAGUGCAAGAGCUGUAAGAAUAUCCCUACUACAAGGAGAAUGCAGAAUUUGUUUUGGAACUGAAUGUGCUUUGGAGUCACCUGCUGUUGUUCUGUAUAACACACAGUAGUUCUUCAACACAGAAUCAAUUUGGAAACACACUGAUUAACAGAAGAUGGAUAGAUCUUAUGAGAUGGAAGACAAGACUUCAUUAGUGAAGGGGGCUCAAGACAUUGCCAAGGAAGUCAAGAAGCAAGCAGUGAGGAAAGCUAAUAAAACUACAGACAGGGCUCAAGAUGGGUAUACGGAAAGAUCUUACAAUCAGUUCCAAGGUGGGGAAGAAGAUGCAUAUUAUGCCCAAGAAGGAAACUAUGACGGAGAAGCAAAUGAAGAUGAAGGUUCAAGUGAAGCAACUGAAGGACAUGAUGAAGACGAUGAGAUUUAUGAAGGAGAAUAUCAGGGAAUCCCAAAUGCAACACAGAACAAAGAAGGAAUUGCAGCGUUAGGACAAUCCAUGCGAGAUGACUACAAGGAUCGUCUUGAACUGGAAACAGAGAGGAAAGCUGAUGAAGAAGAACUGGCACAGCAAUAUGAACUAAUCAUUCAAGAAUGUGGCCAUGGGCGGUUUCAGUGGGCCCUCUUUUUUGUCCUUGGAAUGGCACUAAUGGCUGAUGGGGUAGAGGUUUUUGUAGUUGGAUUUGUGUUGCCCAGUGCUGAGACUGACAUGUGUAUUCCAAAUUCUGGAUCAGGAUGGCUUGGUAGCAUAGUAUACCUUGGGAUGAUGGUGGGGGCCUUCUUCUGGGGAGGCUUGGCGGACAAGGUGGGAAGGAGACAAGCCCUUCUGAUAUGUAUGUCUGUCAAUGGAUUCUUUGCCUUCCUUUCAUCAUUUGUCCAGGGUUAUGGCUUCUUUCUCUUCUGCCGAUUACUUUCUGGAUUUGGGAUUGGAGGAGCUGUUCCAGUUGUAUUCUCAUACUUUGCUGAAGUCUUGGCUCGAGAGAAACGUGGUGAACAUUUAAGCUGGCUUUGCAUGUUUUGGAUGAUUGGAGGUAUCUAUGCCUCUGCCAUGGCCUGGGCAAUCAUUCCUCACUAUGGAUGGAGUUUCAGCAUGGGGUCUGCAUAUCAGUUUCAUAGCUGGCGAGUGUUUGUUAUUAUGUGUGCUCUCCCCUGUGUUUCUGCUGUGGUGGCACUUACUUUCAUGCCAGAAAGUCCAAGAUUCUUGCUUGAGGCUGGAAAACAUGAUGAAGCUUGGAUGAUCCUCAAACAGAUUCAUGAUACAAAUAUGCGAGCUCGUGGUCAGCCUGAAAAAGUUUUCACAGUUAACAGGAUCAAAACUCCCAAGCAGAUUGAUGAGCUUAUAGAAAUUGAAAGCGAUACUGGAACCUGGUACAGGAGAUGUUAUGUCAGAGUGCGCACAGAGUUGGAGGGUAUUUGGUUAACAUUUAUGAGGUGUUUCACCUAUCCAGUCAAAGACAAUACAACAAAACUGGCAACAGUAUGGUUUACGCUUUCUUUUGGCUACUAUGGAUUGUCAGUCUGGUUUCCAGAUGUCAUUAAGCAUCUACAAGCAGAUGAAUAUGCUUCUAGGAGGAAGAGUUUUGAAAAUGAGAGGAUAACAGAUUUUGACUUCAACUUUACUUUGGAAAAUCAAAUCCACUUCAAUGGGACAUUCAUCAAUGACAGGUUUACCAUGAUGAAAUUUAAAGCAGUUACUUUUCAAGAUACACUUUUUAAGAACUGUAAUUUUGAAGAUGUUACCACACUGAAUACUUACUUUAGGAACUGCAUUUUUAUGGAAACCACUUUUUUCAGCACAGAUCUUGAACCAUAUAAAUAUCCUGGCAGUGAAUUUAUAAACUGCACAUUUUAUCACAACAAGACAGGAUGUCAGAUCUCCUUUGAUGACGAUUACAGUGCCUAUUGGAUUUAUUUUGUUAAUUUCCUGGGGACUUUAGCAGUAUUACCAGGGAAUAUUGUCUCAGCUCUUCUGAUGGACAGAAUUGGGCGUUUAUCAAUGUUAGGUGGCUCUAUGAUUCUUUCUGGGAUUAGUUGCUUUUUCCUAUGGUUUGGUACAAGUGAAUCCAUGAUGAUAGGUAUGCUGUGUCUGUACAAUGGCCUCACCAUUUCAGCAUGGAAUUCCCUCGACGUCAUUACUGUGGAACUUUAUCCUACAGACAGGAGGGCAACAGGCUUUGGCUUUCUAAACGCGUUAUGCAAAGCAGCAGCUGUUCUUGGGAACUUAAUAUUUGGUUCCUUUGUUGUCAUUGCCAAAUCGAUUCCUAUUCUUUUGGCUUCUACAGUUCUGGUCUGUGGAGGCUUGGUUGGACUUCGACUCCCUGACACCAGAACCCAAGUGUUAAUGUAACUUGGGAAGGAUUGUGGAUAAAAAGCCAUUUACAAUUUGUUUUCCUCUCUUUCCAAGUGUCAUAUCUCCUGGCUGGAUGGACAAAGGCUUCAGAUUUUUAGAUCAUGGAAGAUGACCAUGUAGCAGAACUCCUACUCUCAAAAUGAAAUAUCUGUGACAAAAGAUUAGAAAAUAAAUUUAAGUCCUCUUCAAAUGUUCCCCAGAUUUCAGAAAUGUUUCUUUAGUAUUGUAGCUCCUGGAUUAUAGCAUGACCUUACUGGCUUAGAAUUUUGGGAGUUCUAGUCCAAAAAUGUAACUUUUCUAAGCUCUUAGUUUAGAAUUCACCAAACACAUGGAAGGGGAGAGAGGGGAGAGCUUGGAAACAAACCAGAAGUUAGAACUUACUGGAAUUCUCUGUUAGCUUUGGGGUUCUAAGAGUUCUACUCCACAAAAAUGACUUUUCCAAGCUCUGAGCUAUGCCUGUUGGAUCCACAUCUAGCAUCACCCAUCCCAUCAGUUCCCACCCCCACUCCCAACCAUACAUUUGGGAAAGUCUGAAGUUGGGGAGCUGCUAUGUAUAUACAGUCUCCUGUAUGAAACUGAAAACUCACAAAGACAUCUAUUCACAUAUAAGUGUGUGUGACAGCUCCUGCUUAGAAAAAUCAAAUUAAAAUCAUAAUAAUUAAUAUGCUUUUAAGAUGAGCCAUGACUUCCAGCAUAUGUUAAAUAGUCUGUAAAAUGAAAUACAGAAAUACUAUAGUCCCUUUUUCUGGGCAAAAAUUAACAUCUAUAAAACAAAUAAUUGCAGCAUUUAGAAAAGAUUGAUGAACUUCCAUUCCAUUUACGGUAUAAAUUGAGUGACCAUAUUUUCUUCUACUUAGCUACUGUAUGUGGCCUUAGAAAUUGCUUUGAAAAAUGAAAUGAAAAGAAAAAAAUAUUCUCAACUGUCCCAUCAGCUCUGGGAAUAGAAUCAUUGCUGUAAUAUUUCUUCCCUACUUAGACAACACUGGACUGCAUGCUAUCUGAACUCAGCAUAUAUCUCAAGGCAGUGCUUUCAGACUGCCAGGUAAAAAGUUUUUUUUCAUCAGUUGCCAGGUGUGGCUGUUCUGGAAAACAGAGAAUAAGAUAGCAAAAGAGAGGGAGAAAGGUGAGCCCAUAUCCCACAGAAAAAAUUUUUUUCCCCCACCCUGGUCUGCCUUGUCAUACUUGCAUUUUUCCAAAGAAAUGCAGUAGGCACAGAAAGGCACCUCUUAACUAUGUACUUUAUUCCAACGGAGUUCAGUGGGAUUUGUAAGGUGGUUACCUUUUUUCUGAAUUGAAGCCAUUAUGUUAAUGCUUCCAAGACAUUCUUUUAAUAUACACUGUAAUGUCUUAAUUUUAAUAUAAGUUUAAUUGUUAUUUCAGUUGUUCCCACAUCCGUGGAUAGUUGCAAUGUCCUUGUUGAAUUCUAUGCUCAUUGCUGAUCUCAGAGCUUUUAAAAACUAAACUGUUUUGUCAUCAGAACCCCAUUUUAAAUUUGGUCUUUUUACAGAUUUCCUUUCAUUUGGAGGAUAGGAUUUUUUAAAACCUGCUCUUAGACAUAAGGCACACUUGUGUAAUACUUCUAAAAAUGAAAUCUGAAGCCUCUGUACAGAUUGGGAGUGAUGAUCAAUCACCAGCUGUAAACCAUGCUUUUGACAUGCACUGUCCAUUUAGAUAGAUGUGGUGUUUUGUCUGCUUCCUUCCUGUAUGUAAUCACUGAAGAAUCCAGAGCCAUAACUAAGCUUAAGCUUUAGAAGGAAAAGCAAGCACCAGCUCCAAAGUAGGACUGCCACAAUACAAAAUCUCAUUAUUGUUAUUAUUGUGUUACUUUCCAAGAAUCUAAUAAUACUUGGUAUCCAAAUAGAAACUUUUAUGUGGGAUGUAGCCUUGACAGAAGGUAGGCAAGAAAAGUAGACAGAUUUUUUUUUUUUAAUAAGGCGAGGGAAGUGCACAAAGAACUACCAAAGACCUGCAUAUUCAUCUUGUUUAAGAUGUGUGGUGCAUGGUCCUAGAAGACCAGCAUUGUCUUUGUAGCCACGGGUCCCCCUUUCCCUACAUUAAUGGGAAAUAGUAAGGUGGAAAGCAUGGAAGAGAAGAAAGAUGUAGUGUGAAUCGACAGAAGAAGCCUCAGAAACCUAAGGAGAAAAAAAAUGACUGUGCCACUUCAACACAUUAUGUUUGAAAUGCAACUGGAGGACACAUAUGAUCUAGCCAUAUGAAAGCCUGUGGCUUAGAUGCAGAUGUCUUGUUGCUAAUAUAAGUCCUUUAAUGGUCCAGAUGCUAUAUAGGAUAUGAGAAAACCAAUUUUCCUUGAGCUAUAUAAGUGUUAUUUUACAGUUUCUUUAUCUUGUUAUAACAGUUUUUCAGAUACUGUUGUCUAGAAAUAGGUUUUGAACAGUACAGCUGGGAAAGCACUGAAUAAGAAGUGUCGAGACCUUUAAAUGGCUACAGCAAAGUAGAAUGGGGGUUGGACUGGAUGGCCCUUGUGGUUUCUUCCAACUCUGUGAUUCUAUGUUGUUCACUUUUAUGUAGGCUUUAUUCAGCAGCCACAUAAAAUUGAACAAUUGGGAUUACUUGCAUUUCUUUCUCAGGUUGUAAAUUACGUGUACUAUCCCUCCAAUCAGAGAAAUUCACGUUGCACUGUAAACAAAUAUAGAGGGAGGGAUGUAUCAUGGGUUGUUGCUGCCUCCCACCUUUUUUGUAAAAUAUGCAGACGGGCAAAAAAUCAUAAAUCACUCAUGCAGAAAGUAAAAUACGUACCAGUUUAAGGUGGACCUUGCAUCCCACUGCAAGGGAGAUAUGCAAACUGGCAUUUUGCAUGCUAAAACAACAAGUUGGAAAAGACAAACUGCAUGCCAGCCAUGCUUUCUUGCUUCCAGACUCUUUGCAACAUUGAAGAUACUCUCAGAAACAAUGAUUUUGUACUUAAAGCUUGUUUAAAAAAAAUCUCGACAAUAUUUCAGAUUCCUGCUCAUGUUGUUACAUGUAACUUCCCAAUCUGUUGUGCAAUGCUGCUUCUGCCUAUUCAGAUAUCCCUCUAGCUUCUACUUGUGCUAGAUGUAGAUAAAUGUUUUAUCAUCCAUAGUUCUAGCUAUCUUUUCUGUGUGGGGAAGCAUUGCUUUGUUUAAUCCUUUGAAGAAAUGCCAAUAAUCUUAUUGCUUCCACUUGGUGCAGAGCUCCAUAAGAACAGAGGAACUACCUGAUUGCAUCAAACUAAAAGCUUUUUUAGUCUGGUAGCCCAUAAAUAAGUGCUAUUAUACUACAUCUUUCCAUAGAUUAAAAAUACUUUUUUAAAUUCAAAAAGUGUUUUAAUUAUCAUUUGAAAAUUACCCUCCCCACCCUUCCUAAAGCAGUCCAUAUGUCCAGUAUUUACACCUCAUACUUUAGCUUGCUUUAAAUGUCACUAUCCAUCUCUCAAGCUCAGAAAUUGGAAAAGUCUUCUUCCUGGGACAUUCUGGGAGAUUAGUGGAAAAAGUGCUAUUCCCAGGUUCUGUUCCAGCCAGGGUCAGACUAUAGCCCUGAUUUGCUGAUCCUUAGAUACAGUCCUAAGAUUGCUGCCUUCAAGUCCAAGCUACUUUCAGCUUCUUCUUCACUGAAAUUGACAGAGGUUGGUGGCCUCAUUUACCCAAACCUUGUGAAGUUUGACAUUUUUUGAAAAUUCAAGUACCCAUAUUACAUUUUUUUCAGGAGAAGCAUUGGUCAAAUGGUUUCCCCCUGACUUUAUAAGUUUCAUUGCAGAGCAGCAAGAUGAGAUAAAUCUGUAGCUAUGAAAUUGGUGCGCACGCGCGCACACACACACACACACACUUGUAUACAUUACAAGCAGGAGAGGUUAAAAUAUGAGAGAGAAAGCCAUUGACUAAUUGUACCCACCACUGGGCAAAUAUGUAUAGAGCACUAAAAAUGCACUUCAGAGGGAAUAUGACACAUGAAAUGCAGGAAGGUUGAAAUGUAAUGAUAACACAUUUACUUCUUUAAUUGUUGCCAGUCAAUUUAAAAACCAGACUUAAGUUCUCUCAAAAAUAGCACGACCAUCAAAUGGUAGAUCUCAAAACUGUUUCAACUCCAUUUAAAGCCUGCAGUUUCAUUGACAGGAGUAAUUCCUAUCCCUUACCACUCCACUGACAUGCCUAGUUACACUGUUUAGUAGUGCUUAUUUCUCUUUGUCGAUGUUUUUAUUUUUAAACUAUAUCGCUGUUCCAAAACCAGGGAAUGGAAUCAUGUGGCCCUUAGACCACAGCAAAUCUUCAAGAUCUUUUUUCUGGCUGAGCACCACCACCACCACCCUGAAGCAAACUGGGGCCAAAGAUCCAUCCCCAAAUUGCUUUUGAUUUCUGUCUCCCAAAUGUGAGAACCACACCUCCUCUCACAAUUCUCCUCUAAAACUAGGUGUACUGUCCACACUUUGUAGCAAAAACUCUGAUUAUAACAAGUUUUUUUGUGAGGAGCUUGUGUGACUUCCAUAUCCAUUAUAUAAUUUAUACUUUGAUUAAAAUUUGCCCACAGGAGUGGAGAAUCUCUGGCCCUCUUAUCAUUUAUGUCUUAGGUCAGCCCUUUUUUGAUCAGGUGCCAACAGAUGGAUUGUACUACGACCCGUACCUUCUUAAGCCCAGAGAUCCACACUAGCUGGAUAAGAUGAGAGCUGUCAUACACCUAGGCUUGCCAGGUGAAAUACAAGGCAGGGCUUCUGCCCCUUUAAUGGUUGUGUAGAAGUGGGAAUUUCAGCAGGGGCUGCCUGCAUAAUAAGCAUAACUUCUGGCAACCCUAAAUUCAGCAUAUCUGGAGAAGGCUAGGUUAAGAGAAAGUUGUCUUAUUUUUGAGUUACCUGUAUUCAGGCCCCCCCCCCCAUAUUCUCCCCAAAUUUAUUGCAUGGCUAAAAUGUAUACAUACACACAGACAUUGUGUUUUUGUGACAAUGUUUUGAAGAAACUCUGAACACCUAUGGGGAAAAGCACAGGAAGUACAAAGAAAGCUGCUGUGCUAUUUCUUAAACAAGGGGUAGGUUGAAUCAGUAUUUUCAGCUCAGAAGCAAACAAGGCAACCAUAAUUCCUUUUCCUCUAGAUUUCCUGUCUCCCUGUUCACCAACCACACUAGCAAAGCCAGGUUUUGCAUUCAUAUUAAAUAACGUCUGUUCCUAUCAGGCAGGAAACAGCAGGAAGCACUGCUAUAUGUUUACUAGAAAUUCUUGAACGGUUUCCCCUCUUCUGUGAUUUCUGCGUUGGCAGUUUAUGAAUGUAGGUGAUGUGUGACACUGUUACUGCACCUAGUUGACCAUAUGAUUUUCCAGCAGUGAUUGGAUAUAGGAUUCAGAGAGAGGCAACGAUAGUGAAGUUGGUCUCUGUUCAUAGUAUUCUGACAGGGACAUCUCUUGGUACUUUUUUUUACAGAUAUACCAAGACUUAAAUGGUGCAAUCUGCAGCACCUAGUCAUGCACAGAUCUCUUCACUGUGAUCGAGAUCAGAAGCACUUUAUAUAGCAUGGAAGCAGAUUUAUUCAAAUAGAAAAAAAAAGUCAAAAUCCCUACAGGCCCACAUGUGCAGGCUCUUGGUGUGUCAUCAGAUAUUUUUCUGUCCUGGGUACCAGCUAUUGCUCUUUGGCCAAUACAUAUGGGUGCUUUGUGGCAUGGCGGCAGCGAUUCUAGGGCUCGGGAGCAUGCACCAACCGCACAAACCCAAGCCCUAGUACGUGUGGGCAACGCCAUUUUUGAGUGCCGCCGCCUACAUGAGGCACGUAUUGAUGACACGUGGGCACCUAGUGCCCACACGUCUCUAAAAGGAAGUGUCGUCAUAAGGGCUGUGACACAGCUCUUAUGACAUCGCAAAAAAGGAGCCACUCCAGGCGGCUCCUUUUUUACUGCACAGCUGUGCCACGCAGUGUGGUUGCCAUGGCAAUGCUGUGCAGCACAAUGGGCUGGCAUUUCCUUGCCAGUCUGUACUGCGCCUUUUGUUUCCUUUUUAAAGAAAUAAUCAUGGCUUCCAUGGGUUGGUGUAAUGGAUCUCCUUGUCCAAAUUGGCCCUGUAACUCCAACCCUUGCUGUCCUAUGACUCACCUUGCCUUUUUACCCUCAUUGGAUCUGGUCUUUGGGCCAGACUGGCCAAGUGGCUGUGUUGAUCAGUUGAUUCAAUGUAGUAAUAAAAACAAAGAUUAAUUGUAACAGAUAAAACAUCUAGCUUGUUCCUACAUUGUAACACCUCAGCUGUCUCCCUGAACUCUCUCCUCCAUGCCUCUCUUCCUAACUGGUCCUAUCCAACUCUAUUUCUAACUAGCCCUACCUCUGUUUCUAACUGACCCUAUCUGACUUUAAAAAAAGGAGCAAUCUCUAGUUUCUUUCCUCCCCCCCCCCCCACCCCAUCGACCCCACUCCCAGCAUUUAGUGAACUGGGGUUGGCUGACUCCAUCCAUGCUUGACUUGCUUCUCACUUCAUAAUUGUUGUGCAAAGAAGUACUUGGAAAAGAAAUAGAUUUCCUUCCUUAUCUCAUUUUAUUGAUUGACUGAUUGAGUGCAUGCUUUAAAGAACUUGUUGAAUCUGUUGACUUAGAUGUCUAUGUCAAUGAAAAAGAUACCUUUAGUUCUACUGCUGGAUUCCUAAUAAUCUCAUAUAGGCAUCAUAUUAUCUGUCACUUUCAUUUCUGCCUCUUGAUGCUGCUAAAAAGAACACAAUAUCCCCAACAUAUGCCUUUUGUUUUCCUAUUAAUGACAACAAUAAACACUGAGUGUGGCCCAUAUCGUAGGGUGCACUGACAACAUAGAAAUAAUGCAAUAUGACACCACUUUGAGUACUAUAGCUCCAUCAUAUGAAAUCAUAGGAGUUAUAGUUUUACAAGUUCUUUAGCCUCAUCUGCCAAAGAGAGCUAGUGCCUCACAAAACUACAAAUCCCAAAAUUCCGUAGGAUGGAGCCAUGUCAGUUAAAGUGUCAAACUGCAUUAUUUCUAUGGUGUAGGUGCACCCUUAGUGGCAGAGAAUAAUAUUGGAGUGCAAAAGAUCUCAGGAUCAUUCCAUAAGUCAAUCACUGUAUUUAUAUCUCUCCUUUUCACCAUAACUGGAACUCAGUCAUUGAGUGCUUGGUGUGUCUAGAUGGGCAGCUUCCUAUGAUAGUUUGGGGAAAAAUAAGCCUUUUGCUAUACAUUUCUUCUUAUAUCUCCAAAUAAUGCAAACACGAUUAAAAAUAAUAACAGUGUAUACUAUAAACAAUAUGCAAUGUAUAGAUACAUACGUUGAUUUUAUAUUAUAUAAAAUACAUCUCUAUACAUAUGAAGUAUAGGCAUAUAUGUUUAUAUAUUAUAUGGAAUGUAAUAUAACAUGAUAUAUUUCUUUACGGAUGCCUGUUUGUAUUUAUAAAUUUGACAACCGAAAGCAUUUUAUGAACUGUAAAAUCUAUCUUGGAAAUAUAUGUGCAAAAGGGUAAGAUCCAGCUAAAGAUCAGUCAGUCAAACCCAAAUGUAAGUCCAAACUAGACUAAAGCCAUUGAACUAAUGUGAACUUGGUAAAUCAGCAACAAAGUCCCAUUGAUUCAAUGAGUUGGGAUUUAGAAUUGGAUUUAGGCCAAACACUGGUAGGUCUGGCUGAUUUUGCUGGGAUGGAUACAGCAGAAUUCUAUGUAUGUCUACUCAGAAUUAAGUCCUACUGAAUUCAGUGGAAUUCCACCACAUGCUGAAAGAUGUAGUACUAUGAUCCCUAAUACAGCAGCUUUAGGACAAUAGGAGAGUUUAUAUUGCCACAUCCACAAAGUAAAGAUUAUCUCCCUUGCCCCCCAAGAGGGGAAAAUCUGGCUUCAGAUUACUCCUCUCAACUUUUCAUUGACACCUCCAAUGUUCUUCUUUGUAACUUUCCAAUGUUGGUAGAGACAAAAGGGGGGCAGCAGGAAGAAUAUAAUGGUCCUGGUAUUGGUCCUCUUCUGCUGUAAAAUCUGUUCAUUGUCUACCUAAAUUAUUCUUAGAAUACAUUAGAAGUACGGUCAAACAAGCUUCAUAUAAAUUCAUGGUUUUAGACUCUCCAAGGCCGCAUUCAUGCUUAUGUGCAACUUUAACAAAAACUUGUAUGAUGAAGUUAACAGUCUCUGGUGUAUUCUUCUAAUGGUCAGAACAAGAGCAGCAUGUGCUUGGGAUCCAUUUGAUCCAAAGCUAUCUUGGUCUCCAGAUACAUCCCCUGAUGGGGGCCAAGACAUCUGUGGACUGGGCCAAGGUGGGAUUCAUACCCUGCAGUGACAGAGUGAGCCACCUCCCUUGCUAAGACCAGGGGCUCCUUGUAAGAAUGACAGGGAAUGUAUACUCAGCGUCAAGGUGGUAUACAUAAUUUCCUUACCAUUGGGAAGGAAAUCAUCAAAAAAGCAAACAAAAAAGGGAACCAUGUCCCCCUCCAUCUCUUGUGUCCCAUCUGCUAUGAGCCCAAUAGGACUAGGUUAUUCUUCCACAGUUGGUUCUCCCUGCUAGUAGGAUUGAUCAGUAAAACUGUAAUCCUCUACCCAUUUAACUGACAAAAUUUUCAGUGUACAGUGGGCCCUCAUACGUUGCCGCACAUUGACUAUAAUAGGGCUUGAGCAUGCACAUUUUGUCUCAUCUGCUAGUGGGGGGGGGGAGCUGGAACUGAACCCCCGUGGAUGGAAAGGGUGCACUGUAUAUUACUUCUGAAUAAACUGUAAAUUACUUCUGAAAAUCUGUGGAAUUUACAAGUACUUAAUCCAGAUUAUUUCCAGUAUUCUAGACUGUUCCGAGGUCAUUAAUAUGUAGUGGCAGUUAAAAUUUAACCUGUCCUUGAGAACACAAAGCUUGAUACUUAAUCGCAUAAAGUUCUGAUGGUGCAAAGAAUUUGGUGGAGGUUUUGAUGUUAUAGUUUUAUCUAUGAAAAAUUGGGUCUGCAAUAGAUCUGAGAUAUGUUUUGACAUUAUCUUACUAUGUUCAUAUUUCUGCAUAUUUUGGCAUAUAAAACAAGCUGUGAGCCAUACAGAAGCAUCAUGUUUCAGCAAAUUCAGAAAAUGCUAUGGCUUUAGCAAGUAGUGUUUCCAUUUCCUUAUUUAGUACUGUAUAUGUUCUAAUUAAUGUUAUGUGUAGUUAACGGUUUCUGUGUAGUAUGUCUGCAUUUUUGUUCUUUUAUUGUUCUAUGAUGUUUCUACCCAGACAGCUAGUGCUGUUCCAGUAGUGUUCACAUAACUUAUACAUUGCUUAUUAGUAUUUCUCUCUCUCUCUCUCCUUCUCUCUCUCUCUCCUUCUCUCUCAGUGAUCUUUGACUGAUCAGAAACAGAGCCAUUGCCAAAUUGCCUUUCUAGUAUCUGUUACCUUUUAUCAAACCUUGACCAGAAUAUCCAUUGAUAGAUCCCAUUAUGGCUUAUUAGAAGCACACCCAGGACAAAAGGGGAAUAAAGCGAGUUUAUUCCAAAGUGUUGACAAUCAUUGUUUGUUUCCCUUCCAUUAUGUAAGUGAAUUUAGCUUCUCUAUGUAACUGGGAGAAAGGGUGGGUGCAUUGAAUUGCAGAACUAAGGAGUCAGCAGAAAAGUUUUUUUCUUUCUCUCCACCCACAAGAAUAAACAAAGCUUAUGGUCUAAAGGGCAACUGGAGAAUCUAAAUUCUGGCAUAUUGUUUCUAAGGGGUGAUUCUGGUUGUUGGAGAAAGAGCAUUUCUGUUUUACUACAUAAAAGGUAGAGAGCAUGCUUUGACAUGGAGUUAACAUUCCAAGGACUAGCAAAGCAGCUCUUGUUGGAUCUUGCUGUGUCCGAGGCAACUGCAGGACUAAUGUCCAAGUAAUAUUUAUAUAUGCAUAAAAUGUAUAAAUGUUUACAAAAAUCUACUUUAAUGUCAUGACUUUUAAAAAAUCACACCCCUUGUCUAAACUUCUACAUGGACACUGAAACGGUGAAGCACAUGCCAGUUAUUUACAUGUGCUUUAUGCAGUUCUAGGCAAUAAGAAGAGAGAUUCCCCAACUGUAGAUUGGAGAGUGUGGUUGUCAGCCAGAUGAAGGCUGUAUACAUUGGCUCAGAGGCAAAAAGACACCUGCUACUGCUAGAGCUGUUAUAUGUGGUAGGGGAGGUUUAAGGAAGCUUGCUGACUCAUUCAUGUGGUGGGCAAAUAAUAUAUUUAUCACAUGCUGCUGUGUGUCUUUCACAUAAGAAAAUAGUUUUACCACAGAGAGGAUGAAGCAGGCCUAUUGCCAGCUGCCCCAAAGGGUAGGACCAUGAUUUUUUGUGGGUUUUUCGGGCUAUGUGGCCAUGUUCUAGCAGAGUUUCUUCCUUACGUUUCGCCAGCAUC